UAGCUCCGCCGUUAACCUUAGUUUUCGCCGAUUCACGAUUUUAUCUGACGCUAUUAACCAAUUCCAUGCGAAAGUACGUCUUCUGGAAUGACGUCCGAGUUACGUGGCGUCGCGGGAGGACGUAGUAAACUCGAGCUGUUGUAGUAAAUAGUGGCCAGUGUGGAGUGUGCUCUGGUAAAGCGUGUGAUGCCUGCAUCAUCAGCUGAUGUCAUAGGGGCAGCGUUGGCCUCUACGUACCAACAGAAACCUGCGGACACUGCCCCACCAACAGCAUUUGCUAGGAAAAGUUUGAUCGAAGAUCAGCUUGUUGCUUCGAGCAAACAGGUGCUGCUGAACCAUGUUGACUAUGAACGAGUGGGCACCCAGCAGUCACUGGUGCUUUCCUCUCUGAAGAACAAAUAUGUGAACCUGACUGCCUGCUGCGACACCACUGGCAACAUCCCCAACUCUCCGUCAGGUAGUAUGGCGCACGCCCAUCACAAGACUUCUGGGGCAAAGGAGGACCAGCUGGAUGAACCUCGUGUAGUGUUGUGGCCCAAGGACCGCGUUAUGCUGGGGUGGAGGAAGACUCUUCCUCCGGGCGCUGGAAUGAUCAACUUAGGAAACACAUGCUACAUGAAUUCAUCCUUACAGGCCUUGUUCCAUAUCCCUUCAAUGGCAAACUGGUUGAUGGAAGACCUCUCCAAUCACACUCAGCGAUGUGAGGCCAACGCUUCAAGUGCUUCCUAUUGUUCCAUUUGUGCCAUGAUGAGAACGUUGCGGUCCACUCUUGACCGAUCAGCCAAUGUUAUAAAACCCUCAUUAAUUCAUCAUAAACUUAAAAGCAUAGGAAAAACUCUAAUGUAUGGGAGACAAGAGGAUGCACAUGAGUUCAUCAAACUCCUGUUGGACCACAUGGAAAAGUCUUACUUGUCGUUUAGGAGAGCAAACAAGCUAGAUCAUCGUUCCAAGGAAACCACCCCACUUAAUCAGAUCUUUGGUGGUUAUAUAAGACAACAAGUGAUCUGUCCUGUGUGCCGCCACGUAUCCACCACAUUCUCCCAUUUCCAAGACUUAGUUCUUGACAUCCGGUCAGUUAACAGUGUAGAUGAAGCCCUAAAUUUAUACUUCAAAAAGGAAACACUAGAUUCAUACAAUGCUUAUAAAUGUGAACGCUGCCACAAGAAAGUACCUGCAACUAAGAGACAUCUCAUUGAGAGAGCACCUCAUGUUUUACUUAUUCAGUUAAAAAGAUUCACUUUUUCUGGGGGGAAAAUAAACAAGCACAUCAAUAUCCAAAGAACGAUUGACAUUUCAAGGUUUGUGAAUGGGCAGAACAAGAACCAGUCCAGUGAAGGAGGUGGACCAUAUCAGUAUCGUCUGGCCUCCAUGGUCAUACACUUGGGAGGUUCGCAACAUGGUGGUCAUUAUACAGCAGUGGCAGAAGCUUCCAGUGGCACAAUGUUUGAAUUUGACGACUCUUCCGUGCGAUCUAUAUCUGUACAGAGUGCAUUGAUGCGCAACCCUUACAUACUUUUCUAUGAAUUAAUACGUAAGCCCAAAGACCCCCUACACAUCAAACAAGUUGUUAGACAAAGUUCGGAGAAGACGUUGAUACGGCAAAAUUCUGAUGGUAUAUUUAAACCUAUUCCUACUAGUCAUAGUGCUUCGUCUGUAGUCAAUGGAUAUGGACGAACUUCAGAUAACAUUGGAGAAGCAGUCAGUAGAAAUGGGACCCAGACUACUAUCAGCAAACCCCCUUUACCGUCACAUAAAGAAAGGGAGAAGAUAUCAUUUGGACUGAAGUUUAAUCAAGGAAGCUCAAAGGGAGAGAAUUCAAGCAAACCCAAUAAAAUUAUUCUCAAUUCUGGAACAACCACCCUAUUAUCAACUAAAUCUUCCACCAUUUCCAUGCCAUCCUCUUCGGGGAAAACAGCUUCUACUUUGAAGUCAAUGUCGAGUUUAGUACCUUAUCAUGAUGAUUCUGAAGAUUCAGAGUUGGAUGAUUCUAAACAGAGUGGAAUUGCUAAUGGAGUUAGAGAGAAACUGGUACAAAAUGGCACUGUUAAAAGUGAGGACGUUAAAAAAGAUAAGAGUGAAAAGGGUACUAAGGGAUUAUGUAAGCCUGAUAAAGUUAAUAAUAGUGCUGAUAGCAAGACUAGCUCUAGUGAAAGUGGUAGCAAAAGUAGUAGUUCUAAUUCUAGUAUUAAGUCAGGAUCAUCAUCAGUACCAUUUGUGCCAAGAUCUCUUCAGAUUGUCAAUGGUGCCAGUCCAGUAAACACAAGUAGCAGCAGCAUUAGUAGUAGUAGCAGCAGCAGUAAAACAAAAGGUGAAAAAGGUUGGUUAGUUACGGAUAACUCCUUACAUUCUCCCAGUGAAAGCAGCAGUGGUAGUGCCGGGGGAACCAGUGCUUUUACUGUUGUUGAACAGCCAACAAGUAGUAAAGAAAAACAAGCCAUUGGACAUGAAAAAAUGGACAACCAUGGGUGGACAGUAACUAUUAGAAAGCAGAGGCCAGAACUUGAAAAGUCUCAUUCUCAUGAUUCUGUCCUGCCGGGUCCCAGUCACAAGAAAGAUGAAGCAGAUUCAGCUAGUUUGAGAAGUAAAGCCAGUGUUGACAGUACAAGAUCUGAUCGCUCAACGAAAUCUGUAAAAAAAUCUAUCUUUUCUUUAUUUACCUGUGUCUCGUCGGCACGUAGCCCAGAUAGCCCCGAAGAGGAACAGCCUGAAGCCUCACAUCCACAAGACUGUGGUACCCUAGAAUGCAGAACUAAGACUAAUGAAGGUGAUCCAAAAAUUAAAAAUGCAGAUGCUAAAACAGACAAGAAUAAAUCAGCAACCAGUAAUACAUCGCCAAGUAAUACAAAAUUUAAGAAAGGGGCUGUGAUUGAUAGUAAAAGCAAAAUCCCACCUGCUUGUAAUGGCCAGUCAAACUUGAAAUCAGAUUCAGAGAGUGACACAGAGAUAUCUCAGUCCAAGAGAUUCAGGGAUCAUGAUGAUGAGCCAUCAAGUCCUUCAAAGAAGUGUCGUCCAGAGGAAGGAAAGAACUCUUGUAAUAAAAAAUCUGACAGUGAAGCGACAAAAAAUGGACCUUGCUCAGUUUCAAAAAACGGACCAAGUUGUAAUUCAAAAAACUUGAUUAGUAGUGACUCAGACAAAUCAAAAAACAGGUUGAAUCAUGAGUUGGGAAAAUCAAAAAAUGGGUUAGAAGAAGUGGGAAGGAAAUGUAGGAAAAAGAAAAAACAUAAAAAUGGGGGUGAAAGUCUUUUGAAUGGGGUAGCAGAGAGCCCCGAGAGAUCUCAAAAAGAUGCGUCGUCCUCCGAUUCGUCACUUGCUGGGGUGUCGUCUGGUUCAGAGAGCAGUGAUAGUGAGGGGGAACAAGGUGGAACUGAUCACUGGGUGGAGAAAACAAAGGAGACGCUAGGGAAAGCUAAAUUAAACCCUGCCGCUCGUGUCAUCAAUUGGAAUGGAACUCGUAAAAUGAAAGAUUUAAGUCAUUUUAUUAAUGGAGACAAAGAAGGCCCCCAAGAGAAUGGCAUAGAAACCGAUAAGAAUAUUGGGAUGUGGAAUGGAAGUAAAUCCUUGCAAGUUGUAGAUGAGUUACGGAGGGCAGGUAACUCCGCAUUUGGGACCAAAGUGAAUAGCUGGGAAGGUGGUAAAGGUAUUACGGAUGAAGAAGUUGAGAAGGAUCGGAAGGAACAGAAGAAGAGGUCACUCGAAGACAUGUAUAAUGAAGAAUUUGACAGUGGAAAAACUAAGAAGAUCAAGUUGAAGGAUUCCACUAAGGCCUCAGAUAAUUGGAAUGUGAACGGUGGCAACGUAUUCCAGAGAGUUCAGGAUGUAAGGAAUACUGGAGGCACCUGGGGCAAUUAUCGUAAUUCUUACGGUAAGAACUACGGUUACGGGCAUUACAAGCAGUAUAAGAAUAGGGAUGGCUACUGGAACAAGAAGCGUGAUUGGAAUCAAAACCGAGACCAUUAUCACCAGCGUAACAAGCAGUGGAAAAAGUUUGACAAAAGAGAUCGUAAGUUUCACAAGAAGCACAAGGAGAAGUAUAGGCACUGGGAGCGUAAUGAUUAACUAAGGCCCUGAGCACCACAUCUGAUGUGGGUAGGUAGAUUACUAAGGUUUUAUGAUGAGGCAAUUAAACUGAUGAUAUUUUUAAAAAGAAAAAGCUGGUCUCCAAUCAUGAAGAGCAGUGCGCCUGAAGAGUUCAGUUAUUUUAUUGUAUUAUUUGGUUAUAGACUAUGAAGUUUAAUUUCAUAACAAAACUGUUUGUUGGUCAAAUUUUCGUAUUUUUGUUAGAAUAGUACAUAGAAUGUAUUAAGUAGUAGCUUUUUGUAUAAAGUUACAAAUGUGGUGUACAUAAUCAUAUUUAUAUUUCCAAAAUCAGCCAAAUAUCAUUUUUCAAAAGGGGAAAUUAAAACUGUAAGAAUUACAACAAUGUUCCUCUCGUGUUUCUCAUGCCUCAGGGCAGGGAUAAGUUGGGAAAUGUUGAUCAUUUUUCUGUCGUAAACUUUGCUUUUUUCAUAUUUUGUUUCGUAUCUUUUUUCUUCCUUUUGUUCCAUCUGUCAUUGUGUAAUUGUAUGUGAACAAAUUGUUCAUGGUAUGAGCAGUUGUGUAUAUAGUGUACAUUAUUAGAAAUAUUUUAUAUUGCAUAACUGUUCAAAUGUUUAUUAGUAUGUUUAAAACGUGUGCGUGGCUGUACAUUGCAUUGGGAAUAAAAGCUAAGAAAGUGUAGGGUAGCAGUUUUGCUCCAGUUUUAUGUCCUUUGGAUGAACAGAAAUUUUUGUACACUGCCAGGUUACCCUUGUACACUGUGACUUUGUUCUACAAAUAAGGGAUCAGUUUGUCACUGGUGUUAGUAUAGAAUUUGUAACACAGCUCUUUUUUUCAUGUAUUAGAAACAUUAUGAACCCAGCAGUAGUGAUGAUAUGUAAAUGGGUGGUGGUCCACGGAAAUACCAGCUGCUAGAUUGUUCCCCUGUUCAAGAUAAUUCAGUGUUUUUUGUGCUGGGAGAUCUAGUUCUUUGGUUCCAUAUCUUGCAGAUUUUUGUGGGUGUACCGAGAUACAACUGAACUUUGACAUUCUGUGCCUACAUUUUGUAGAACUGUCACAUUGUGUAAUUCAUGGGGGAUUUAUGUAAAUAGGUAACUUGAUAUAACAUACUGGUUCACAAGUUCAAAUCAUCCAUCCCUUACACUAUGUGCAUGAUGCUGUUUGAGCAGAGUACAAGCAUGGUUUUUCUGCAGGUCUCUCUUAUACAAGCAGCUACUACUGCUUGUUGUGCCUUACCGCUGUUUUCUGUCUUGCCUGUAAUGCAAAUGAUCCAUGGCCUUCUGCUAUGUACAGAUAUCAAUGAGCCAAACCACAUAGGUGUGGCAGUGAUUGUGCUCCAGCUGUUGUAUAAACAAAGAAAUGAAAAAAAGGAUUUGCCUUCUGCUCAUUAUAUUUAAAACAUGUUUCUCAGGUUAUGGAUGAUUAUUAACUAGACAAUUUCCUCGGCUUUGUCAUUUCAUUGAAUCCAUUUCUCAUGUACUGUAUUACUAAUUAUACAAUAGUUUUGUUAUAAUAGUUACUGUAAUUAUUUUUUAUUACAAAUGAAGUUUUGUAAUUUAUUCUUUUGUACAUAGUUUUUUCUUAGGUAUAGCAGUAUUUCUUCUUUUGCCUGUAUCCAUCAUAAGAUCAUACAUGCUCACCUCAUUAUUUAUUUAUGUGAAUGCUAAAUAUAUUCUGUGGUUUGGCUGUAUAUCAUCUUGACAGACUGUACCUCCUAAGUAACACUAUGGGCUUCAGGUUAUAUACUGCGAGGUAUUGCUAAGUCUGUGGAAGUUAGUAAUUUUCAUUUUUAUUGUAGCAGAUGAUGCACUGGGAAGGAUUAUUCUUGGGUCGAUCUGCUGCAGUGUGUGAUAAAAUUAGGAGAUUUUUACAAGUUACUAUCAUAAAUAGUUGUUUUUAUUUACUGCUACUUAAGCAUCUUGCAUCAUGAAACCAGAGCUGUUAUAACUAUUGUAAUGGCUAAAUAUAUUGUAGACAAUGCAACCUUGAUGAUAUUUUAGUAGGUCUUCAUAGUAAGCUUUUACGUUCUUGCAAAUUUCGCACUCAACCUAAAUUGUAUGACCGAACAUUUUCUUUGUACAGUAAAAAAUUUUAAUUAAUAUGUAAUUAGGUUGUAGUAAUUAUGAAGUUAUUUUUAUGAUUAUGACUAUGAUUUAUUAUAUUUUCCAUUUUUUUUUUAUCAUUAUAGUAACGUUUGUAAAGCUUUGCACUGGUUAAUGCUAGAGUUGAAAUUGAUGAUAAGACAUCUAACAUCUCAAUUAAUUAUUAGCAUCAAAUAUUUAAUCACUACCUUAGGGAAGGGAUUUUUGUUUUAAGAAAAUUGAUCAUGAAUAUAUAUGUUCAGACAUCUAUAGCAACCACAUUGGUUGAUAUAUAGUUGACUGGGAAGUAUUGUAUAUGCAACCAGGUUUGCAUGACAAAAUUCUCUGUAAUAACGCACCCAGUUUUCCUAUCAGCAGUUGACGUUUGGAUUGUACUGUGUACAGAUCAGAUUUUACCCAGAAUAAAAUCAUGAAAUGUGA